GGACGGCUCGGUGCGCCGCAAUGGCUGCCCGCGAGUCUCGGAGAGGCGGAGCUCUAGGUCUUUUUCAGGACGGGCUCUCCUGAUGCCGCUGGUGGUUCUUCGAGGCCUCCUUCCACGCAUUCGCCGCCGCUGCCUCAUCAGAACUUCAUUUCGGUGACGCAGAGCUUUGGAGAGAGCUACGGCAACAGCAAGAGCUGCCGGCGGCGCCUGUGCUGCAGGGUGAGGGCCGCGCCGGACUGACCGAGGCCAGGGGCAGCUGUACCCACCGCCCUCCCAGCCUGCGGCUCCCAGCGGGGCCUGGGCGGGCGGACUCGACUCCCUCGACGCUGCCCUCUCCACCCCUUCCCCGCGAAAAGGGGCAAAUGUGCUAAUGGGCUUUCCGGGCCGGGGCAUCCGUGGUCGGCGCGUCUGCACCAGUCUCAGCGGCCCGAAUUGUGCGGGGCGGUGGUGGCGGGAAGAGGGAGCCCCAGCAGGUUGUCUGGGCUUCGUUUGCUUUUCUGCCCAGGCCCCGGUCCCUCUUGGAGCGGAAACCUCUGGACCUGGUGCUCCUAAGAAGGCAAGCGGCCCCUGACGCUUACUGUGGCCUGGUGUGACCCUCGUAGCCAGCCCCUGUUCUGUGAGGUAUGAAGCGCCACGCAGACGCCACGAUAAAGUGAGAUGAACCAAGACCUUUUCUUGAUUCUAAGCAAGGAACGCACAGCUCACCCUGUCACGUGCAGCGAACCUGAGUCCCUGCUGCUUCUGCACCUGUUCUGGGCCUGGCUAGUGGCCCAUGUGCAUCCCCAGCAGGACUCCACGUGGCUGGUCUGGCACUCACCACUAUGGCCCCCUCACCCACGCCCUGGACUGGAUGCUGGGAAAACGUGACUUCUUCCAUCCUCUGGGUGCUCCCCAGGGAGGAGGCCCCAGCUCCCAGCAGAGGCGCCCCACGGCGACGGUCUCCAUGGGAACAACGGGCGCCGGGAGCACGUGAGGCCUGGAGGGAGGAGCGCGCCCCGGCGGCCCCGUGACCCCGCCCACGUGACGGGUGCCCGCGGAAGGCGACAUGGGCUCCGCUGCUUGGGCCCCGGUCCUCCUGCUGGCGCUCGGGCUGCGCGGCCUCCAGACGGGGGCCCGCAGCGCCCCGGACCCCGGCUUCCAGGAGCGCUUCUUCCAGCAGCGUCUGGACCACUUCAACUUCGAGCGCUUCGGCAACCAGACCUUCCCCCAGCGCUUCCUGGUGUCAGACAGGUUCUGGAUCCGGGGCGAGGGGCCCAUCUUCUUCUACACCGGGAACGAGGGCGACGUGUGGGCCUUCGCCAACAACUCGGGCUUCAUCGCGGAGCUGGCGGCCGAGCAGGGGGCUCUACUGGUCUUCGCGGAGCACCGCUACUACGGGAAGUCGCUGCCAUUCGGUGAGCGGUCCACGCAGCGCGGGCACACGGAGCUACUGACGGUGGAGCAGGCCCUGGCCGACUUUGCAGAGCUGCUCCGCGCGCUACGGCGCGACCUCGGGGCCAAGGACGCCCCCGCCAUAGCCUUCGGUGGAAGUUAUGGGGGGAUGCUCAGCGCCUACCUGAGGAUGAAGUACCCCCACCUGGUGGCGGGGGCACUGGCAGCCAGCGCACCCGUUCUAGCUGUGGCAGGCCUCGGCGACUCCAACCAGUUCUUCCGGGACGUCACGGCGGACUUUGAGGGCCAGAGUCCCAAGUGCACCCAGGGUGUGCGGGAAGCGUUCGGACAGAUCAAGGACUUGUUCCUACAGGGAGCCUACGACAGGGUCCGCUGGGAGUUUGGCACCUGCCAGCCGCUGUCAGACGAGAAGGACCUGACCCAGCUCUUCAUGUUCGCCCGGAAUGCCUUCACCGUGCUGGCCAUGAUGGACUACCCCUACCCCACCGACUUCCUGGGUCCCCUCCCCGCCAACCCGGUCAAGGUGGGCUGUGACCGGCUGCUGAGUGAGGCCCAGAGGAUCACGGGACUGCGAGCGCUGGCAGGGCUGGUCUACAACGCCUCGGGCUCCGAGCACUGCUACGACAUCUACCGGCUCUACCGCAGCUGUGCUGACCCCACCGGCUGCGGCACCGGCCCCGAUGCCAGGGCCUGGGACUACCAGGCCUGCACCGAGAUCAACCUGACCUUCGCCAGCAACAAUGUGACCGAUAUGUUCCCCGACCUGCCCUUCACGGAUGAGCGCCGCCAGCAGUACUGCCUGGACACCUGGGGCGUGUGGCCCCGUCCCGACUGGCUGCUGACCAGCUUCUGGGGGGGCGAUCUCAGAGCCGCCAGCAACAUCAUCUUCUCCAACGGGAACCUGGACCCCUGGGCAGGGGGCGGGAUUCGGAGGAACCUGAGCGCAUCAGUCAUUGCCAUCACCAUCCAGGGGGGCGCGCACCACCUCGACCUCAGAGCCUCCCACCCCGAAGAUCCUGUUUCUGUGGUUGAGGCACGAAAGCUGGAGGCCACCAUCAUCGGCGAGUGGGUAAAGGCAGCCAGGCGUGAGCAGCAGCCAGCUCUGCGUGGGGCGUCCGGACUCAGCCUCUGAGCACAGGACUGGAAGGGUCUCCAGGCUCCUCAUGGAGUGAAUGGAGGGAGGAGGAGGCUGCCCCAGCCCUGCCCUGUGUUUGCACCUUCUGGGUCCCCGAAGCUCAGCCCACCGUGGCCGGCCCAGCGCGUGGGCUUCACUCAAGAAGCAGCUGGAGGCACAGGGAAGGAGCUGAAUAAAUGCCUGGAAGCCUGGC